AUGUCCCUGGCGGCCUCGGCGGGCCGGGGCCCGGGGGCCGUGUGGUCCCCAACGCACGUGCAGGUGACAGUGCUGCAGGCGCGGGGCCUGCGGGCCAAGGGCCCCGGGGGCACGAGCGACGCGUACGCGGUGAUCCAGGUGGGCAAGGAGAAGUACGCCACCUCGGUGUCGGAGCGCAGCCUGGGCGCGCCGGUGUGGCGGGAGGAGGCCACCUUCGAGCUGCCACCGCUGCUAUCGACCGGGGCCGCGCCGGCGGCCGCCGCCACCCUGCAGCUCACCGUGCUGCACCGCGCGCUGCUCGGCCUCGACAAGUUCCUGGGCCGCGCCGAGGUGGACCUGCGGGAGCUGCACCGGGACCAGAGCCGCCGGAAGACGCAGUGGUAUACCUUGAAAUCCAAACCAGGAAAGAAGGAUAAAGAGCGAGGAGAAAUUGAGGUUGACAUCCAAUUUAUGAGAAACAACAUGACUGCUAGCAUGUUUGACCUUUCCAUGAAAGACAAGUCUCGGAAUCCAUUUGGGAAACUGAAGGACAAGAUCAAGGGGAAGAAUAAGGAGACUGCAUCAGAUACUGCUUCAGCCAUUGUCUCCAGCAUGAGCCCCUCAGCUGACAGUGAUGAUGAGUCUUCUUUGAAAGACAAGAAAAAGAAGUCAAAGAUCAAGAACUUGUUUUCCAAGUCUAAUUUGCAGAAGACGCCGCUUUCCCAGUCCAUGUCUGUCCUGCCUACAUCAAAGUCAGACAAAGUGCUGCUUCAUCCUGGAGAAUUUCAGUCCCGGUGGGAGAAUGAUGACAAUGAGGACGAGUCCUCCUCUGCCUCGGACGUCAUGUCUCACAAGAGAACAGCAAGUGUGGAUCCUAAGCAACUGAACCAGAUCAACUUCAACCUUCCCAAGAAGGAAGGACUCUCCUUUCUUGGUGGCCUUCGGUCUAAGAAUGACUCCCUUUCCCGCUCUAAUGUCUGUAUCAAUGGGAACCAUGUUUACAUGGAGGAGCCGGAAGCCAAGAGUGAGACCAAAGACAGCACCCCUUCUCCUUCCCCGUCGCCCCAGGGCUUCAGGAAGAAGCAUUUGUUCUCAUCUACAGAAAACCUGGCUACUCGGUCUUGGAAGGAGCCUGGGGAAGGAGGGGCAGUGUCUUCUGAUAGGGGGCUCUCUGAGUCUGCCACAAAGGACUCUCUGAAAUACAUGUCUCUGCCAUCCUACCGGCCACUGGUCAGUGGGGACAAUAGGGAGAACCUGGCUCCAGCGACCUUGGAGGCUGCAAAAGAAACCAAAGAAAGCAAGAAGCAGGAGAACAAGAAGUCCUCCUUGCUUUCCCUGGUGACGGGAAAGAAGGAUGUGGCCAAGGGCAGUGAAGGCGAAAGCCCUCCUACCAUCCCGCGGAAGGAGAGGGAGAAGGAGAAGGAGAAGGAGGGCACGCUUAGGGAAGUCAGACCGGGGGAGGGCGGGUCAGGGCCUGCUGAAGACCUUGUGAAAAGAUCCGAGAAGAAUACUACGGCUGUUGUCUCUGGACGGGGUAAAUCCCUGAACCCCUUUGAGGAAGUGCAGAUCACAGAACCGGAAGCUGACCCAGAGCCCAAGUCAGAACCUGCACCCCCUGUGACCUCUGCAAGGGCACCCCAGACCAAAGCCGUCAAACCUCGACUGGAAGUGUCUCCAGAGGCUCAACCCACAGCCAGGCUUCCUUCUUCCUCUGAGUCUCCUCUCUUUUUUUCGGCUCUUCCUUUCACUUCUGGCCAGACACCUGUCCCUUCUGAAUUGGGGCAUGAUUCAGAGACACAGUCCUCUGAAUCUCCUUCUGUCUUCUCCUCUUUCUCCUCUCCCAUAGCAGCUCCCAUUUCCACAUCCACUCCGAUUAAAAACUGGCCUUCCACAGACCAGGGCCAGGCUGCUUCUGAAGCACCACCUUUGCUCCUUGAAGAAGAGAGUUUAACACAAGUUCCAAACACUGUUUCUUGUGCCUUGGGGUCACUUGCCAAACAGCCACCCAUUCCAGUGUGUGAAGGGAUGGAAGAUUCUCCAAUGGGGAAGACCAGUGAGAUAGGCACAGAGAAGAAUAGUAGUGGUAAUGACUCAGAAAAGUCUCUCCUGAAGCAGCCUGAAAUGGGGCAACAAGAACUUCUGAGGGUCCCCGCCACAAAACAGCAAGGCCACAUCCCUUCAUCUGAAGAGGCCCCGGAAGUAACAAUUGCCCUUUCACUCAGAAGUGGCAGGAUUGAAAGGCCAGCUGGGAAGCCUCCGAUGGGGGAAAACACGGACUUGGAGAGUCCGUCUAGGUCUUUUGUGGAGAGUGAAGGAAGGGAUGGCGGAAUGUCUGUAAUUGAAGAAGCAGCGCCCCCUCUUCAAGUGGGAGAGUCGGUCCCCCCACUUGACUCUGUGAUGCGGAGACCUGAAGAGAUGGGUCUUAAUGUCAGCGAGGGCCGAAAGAAAAUCAAGAAGCGUGUGUCAUUUUCUGAGCAGCUCUGUACGGAAGAGGAGGUGGAGAAGUCCACUGGGUUGGUCAGUCCCCGGGAGCUGAUGUGUGAAGGGGCUCCCGCUGGAGACGUGUCUGACGGAGAGCCUGCUGAGUCUCCCCACAUGGGAGACUCAGAGAGGAAAGCUGUGACUGAACUCGGGCCGUUGAGUUACAGUGUACCAGCUUCUGUGGCGGAUCACUUCCCCCUCCCCUCUCAUGAGGCGGGUUUCUCAGAAGGCCCCACGAGUGAAGCAAGCUCAGGGAAAGACACUCCACUCUUGAGCGUUGAGGGAGACAGUACCCUUAUGGCUCAAAAUCAGAGCAAAGCCAGCGAUCAUGAAGGUUUAUUGUCUGAUCCCCUGAGUGACAUUCCGUCUGCCUCAGAUGUUAAAGCUCCAGUCAUGGCUGAUCUGGACUUAACCCUUCCGUCCAUUCCUGAAGUCGCAUCGGAUGAUGAAAGAAUAGAUCAGGUUGAAGAUGACAGAGAGACAGCCAAGGUGGCAACUCUGGAAGUAGGAGCUUCUUCCUUGAGUGGGUUACCUGCCCGUCCUGAGAAGGAAAAGGCGCUGAGUGGUGAGGUAGAUGGGUUGGCAGCUCCUGCAGAGAGUGCGUGUGACCUCAGGACAAAAGCACCCAAAGCAUCUGUUACAGCUUCCUCAGAGCAGACUACAGCUUUGGGAAUUCAUAAACCGUAUCUUGGCAAGAGCUCACACUUGGAUAAACAGCUGCCAGGCACUGGCAGUGGCGAGGAGGAAAAACUGAUGGGAAAUGGGAGGCCAGGUCAGCCUCCUGAUGCGGCCCUGGAAUCUCUUAUAUCUGGCCCCUCCUUUUCUGAGACCUUUCCUGCCACACACUCUUUCUCCAGCUCUCCACACUCUGACACUCACCACACCAGUACAGCAGAAUCUCAAAAAAAAGCAACAGCAGAGGGCUCCGCUGGUAAGGUGGAAAAUUCUGGCAAGAGGAAGCCGCUUCUUCAGGCCUGGGUCUCACCCUCAGAGACACAUCCAGUCUCACCUCAGCCAAGCGCUGGAACUGGGUCAGCCAAGCACAGACUUCAUCCUGUGAAGCCAAUGAACACAACAGCCACCAGGAUUGCUAACUCCAGCUUGGGAACUGCCACCAUCAUUAGUGAGAACUUGAUCAACGAAGCCAUGAUGAAGAAGUACAACCCCUCGGACCCCGCGUUUGCUUAUGCACAGCUCACCCACGAUGAGCUGAUCCAGUUGGUCCUCAAACAGAAGGAAACAAUAAGCAAGAAGGAGUUUCAGGUUCGAGAGCUAGAGGACUACAUCGACAAUCUGCUAGUCAGGGUCAUGGAAGAAACCCCCAACAUCCUCCGAGUUCCGGCUCAGGUCGGCAAAAAAGCAGGGAAGAUGUGAAUCGCCAGCAUACGACACUGAGACUUUUCUGUGAGUUUGUUUCCACCUGCUCCUGAGGUCAAGGACCCAGUGUGCCUGAUAACCAGCGUCCAGGCUCCGCCUCAGGAUCUCCCUUGCAUGUUAUCUGGCAGGAGUCAAUUCUACCAGCUGAAGCCAGGUUAAUUAUUACAAUGAAUCUUUUCCUGUACGUUCCCAGG